AAUUGGAUUUCAAACGUCAUUUUUAAAUAUUCCUAUUAUUCAUUUAUUUUUACCGGUUUUCAACAACAUGGCCGUCAGGUUUACGAUCUUCCUAAUUUUCGUCAGCAUCGCUGUUGUCUCAUCAGCUGGAUUGUUCGAGACAUUGCUUUCUUGGGACCUGCCAGAUUCUGAAGCUAGAUCAACUCAAACUCAAUCAAAGUGUCUCUGUCAGACUUCCGGUUGUCUCUGUUGCGUCGACCUGAAUUUAACCGUGACAAUGGACCUCGGUGGUCCGUCUUGCGUAAAUAUUAGGCAAAAGGAACAAAAUGUAACCCUGAAUUUAAGUUACGGUGACAAUCCAGUGCAUAAUGCGACCAUCAAGAUAGCUGAGGCAGCUAACAAACCAACAUGCAUGAACCUUCUAUCGGAUUUGGCUCAAAUUUGUGCAAGAUUUACUUCCGUUAAAUCGGCUGAACAUGGUCACGACGGUUGUUUGGUGAUCGAGCCAGCGUUAUUGGGUACUCCUCAGGCUACUUAUCAGAUGGGUUGUUUUAAUUUUGAUCAGACAGUACGACAAAUAGAAAUGUCCGCCGUUGCCGAAACAACUGAGAGUACGGACAACACGGAUGAAGAGGAAGACGACGGCAUCAAUACGGACGAGUUGAUAGCAGCUGUAUCGGCUAGUGCUGAACACGGACUUGCUUUGUUUUCUCAAUGGUUAGGAUUAAAUUUGAACCCAAGAUUAAAUUUCACUAACAGGAAUCCAUUCCAUGAACAAUCUCAACAACAGCAGCAGCAGCAACAACAACAACAACAACAACAACAACAGCUGCAGCAGCAGCAGCAACAACAACAACAAUACCAACAAUACCAACAAUACCAACAAUAUCAACAACAGCAACAACAACGUCAAGUAGAAAGUGAUAAUCAGCAGACAAGAUCUGCUCGGAAUAUGGUGGACAUUCAAACCGAAAGAAGUGACGAACGAUUCAAACAACUGCUGAGCGCGCAGGAUAACGUAUUAAAAGAAUCCGCAAAAAUUGGUCAAGCAAAUGGUGCCCAAACGACAUUUGUUUAUUCCAGUCCAGUUGGUCUACCAGUUGGUUUACCAGUUGGUUUACCAGCAGAAAAAGUAAUAGCAGAUAAAAAAGGUGAAAUCGAAUCGAUCGAUGAUUCCUUUCAACGUUUGACCGUACCAAAGGAAUCCAGACGAGGUGGUAGAGCUUAUAGCAUUCAUCAGCACGUCAACGAGAUUUGAAGAAGUUUUCUCAUUCAACCAAACAGGAGUCGUCAAAAGAGGGAUAACCAUGAGUAGAAUUUGUUUUUCAAAAAUCUAGCGCACUCUUCUCUUGUUGUCGUUCGUUUAUCCGUUGUGCUAUUUGCUCUUUGUUGGGCUGAUCGAUGGGAAACGAGUGGGUGAUUCAAUUAUGUUAGUUCAUUGUUUCUUUUUUCUAUUCACGAGAAAAAAAGGAGAAAUUCGAUAAAAGAAAAAAAAAAAUCACAUGCCGAUCUGAAUCGAGCCAGGUCAUUAGGAAUAGAUGUUAGAUUAUUGUUAGAAAGUAGGUGCACGAAAUAAUCAGUUUACACACUGUCUCUAUCUUUUUCUUUCUCUGUGAUCGUAAGCUGUUUUAAUCUACGAUCUCCCGGCAAAGUUACCGUCCGUGAAAGAAUUUCUCUUAAACUCGAUUAAAAGCCCCUCCCUCCCUCCCUCCCUUCCUCUCUCCUCACCUCGACGAUCUCAAGAGAUCAUUAUAUUGUUAACCCUUUUUUUUUUUCUUUUCUUUUUGUUUUGUUUCGCUUUUUCUACAAGUGUCACGCGUUUAAUACGCUGUGCCGGCCAGCUCAGUCGGUAUGAUCUCUCUUUUUCAAUUGUGAUCCCGCUAUUUCUCUUUUUGCUUUCGCAUUUGAAAUCGUUACUACUAACGGUUUCAUCGAUCUUACAUAUAUGCAUAUAUAUAUAUAUAUAUAAACACAUAUACACGUACAUGCACUCAAAUAUACACACGUAUGACAACUAAACGCGUGAAAAGUGUCCCUCAAGUGAAACGUGACGAUAAAACUACUUUCUUUUUCGACUUUAUGCAUACAAAUAUAAUACAUGCAAACGUACCAUUCGCAGCAUAUAUGCACGUGUACAUGCAUCAUACACAUACGUGCAUACAUUUAUACAUACAAAAGGAACACGUGAUAUGACUUGGGGAAUACUCGAAUAGGUUCAUCGUUCUUUCUUACUCUCUUUCUCUCAACCACUCACACACACAUACACAUACACACUAAUA